GUAAAGGAAAUGACAACGUCGAGCGCUUUCCUAUGUUUACGCAAAUUUGUCCUUUCUGCGUACUUCGUACCCUCCAGCAUCUCAGCUCUCAACAUCACGACAAUUGGCUACGCCAUUUUCCUUCGGAUUUCAUCUGCUCGAAUAUUCAAAGUUGCUCUCAGUAUUAAAAAUUAAUUGUCACCGUCGUACACACGUAUCACGUCUCGGUGUUUUCUCAAAAGGAAAUUAUAUUGAAGAUUCUUAACAGAGAUCUUUGAUUUCAACAAUGGUUAUCGUGUUCAGCAAUUUAAUCGAAUUUGGAUGCGUGGUGAAUGAGAUGAAAUUGAUGGUUUUGACGGGCACAGUUUUUGUCAUCUCCAUUCUUCUUGUUCUCGUCUAUAAAACGGCGCGUGUAUGGGAUGACUUCGAAAAAGAAGAGCUUGACUCCAACUUAUUACCGCUAUUCGCGUCGCGUGCCACAAAUCGCUGGGUUAAUAGCCGCAAGGCACAUUUUGGUCGCCUCGGCACGAUACAGGAAAAUGAAGUAUUCUCUCCCAGCACAAUAAAGCAGCAAGGACGUAAUUACGACCGCAGCAGCGAAUCAUAAAAAAUUACAUACUUGCGAGCUUUGUAAAUUAAAGGACAAAUAGUAUCCAAGCUUUGCAUUCCACGUCGGGAUUGCCUCAUAUUUAAUGUAAACUUUCAUAGUUUUCAUUUUAUUAUAAAUUUACGGACACAUCUGAUUCAGCAGCAUCUAAGAAGUAGUAAUAUCGUCUGCAGCACUUCCUGUAUCUAAAAGGAUGUGACAAGCUACUUUGUCGUCGAUCGCGAAUUGAACACCACAUUGCACGCAACACUGAAGAUGACACGGAUAAUAAUGUAAAGUUCGAUAAGCUAACUUUGAAUCACACAACAAAAACCAACAUGACAGCAAAACUCAAUUUGUUCAC